AUGGCUCCCAGCCCGGGGUCGCCGCCCCGGCUUCCUCCUCGCUUCACGCUCGCCUGUCGAGCUCCCCUGCCCGGCGCCGCCCGAGCCGAACCACCUCCUGACCGCGAGCCCGACGCAUGCCACACACAGCGCUCGCACCGUGCAAGACGCCCGCCCACGCGCAUCCCCGCCCCCCUUGACGACGCCCCUGCUGCCCCCUCUGACCGCCCGCGUUGGAGCGAGCCCGCCGUCGCGCGGCGUCACCCCUCGGAUUGCCGGAGCCUCACCAUCCCGCACCGAAGCCGCGCCCGCGAGCCCGUCCAAGCCCGUCGCGCCCGCGCGCCAGAUGCGCCCUCGCGCCUUGCAGAGAGAUGCCCCACCACCACCCUCCCUGGAGCCAGACCGGGCUUCGCCGACGGUCUCCUCAGGCGGCGGCGAGGUGGGGUGGAGGGAGGAGGGAAGGUCACAGGAGCUCUUGCGGCGGCGGCGCAGCGAGCAUCUGUUGCCCUCGCCCUUCGCAAUGGCCUCCUCCUCCUCUGUCUCCCGUCCGCGGAAGCGUCCCGCCGCCGUCGCCUUUUCUUCCUCGCCUCCGCCGCCGUCGCCUUUUCUUCCUCGCCUCCGCCGCCGCCUCCGCCGCCGCCUCAGGGGCUAAGGACUCUGAAAUUGACACCAAAGAAGAAUUUUCCCCUGAUCUGGCGGACCUGUGAUGUUCUUCAGCUUUAUCUAAAGUCUUUUGGCAGGACAGCUCGUUUGACGAGUCCAGAGGGACGUCAGCGAGACUACUUUGAGGCAGAGUUCUUUUUUAAAGAAGAAGCUGAAGAUGCAUUGCAGAACUGCAAAAUCCCAAACAUGACCAUUGAAUGGGCUGAAGCAAACAUAUCAGACAAUCCACUUACAGGACCAGCACAAAUUUCGUAUGACCCACCAAGGUGUGACUACGAUGAUUUUAACAUUCUGCUCCAGGAGUAGAAGAAUCUUUUGUUGAGAAACAAGACAUUCAAGGCUCUCUUUCUCUUGUCGAGAAACAAGACAUUCAAGGCUCUCUUUUCUUAAAAGAAAAGUGCAUUUUUUGUGGAAUUGUGGGAUUCGUCCCUUCACUACUUUUUUUUUGGUAGAGCUGCUGUCUCCUAGAGCUUACUGUGCAAUAGACAUGCAUGAAGUAUUCGUAGUCUUUUUUAUUCAAGUUUAGAUUUCCAAGCAUAUAUGCUAUAGCCUAAAAAAAAACUGGUCGAAAUGCAGGUUUGGUCUGUUGUUGAA